UCAGGGAGCCGCAGCAGCGCUAUAUAACUGGUAGCUGCGCUGCUGCAGCAGUCCCCUCUCCUUCCACAUCUCAUUGCACCCAAUAGGAAUCCUCAGACUCGUCUCCCACCCAAUCAGUGCUGCAUCCCAACCAAAUUGUUCCCCGCACUCCCAUUAGGCCCCGCCCCCUCACGGAUAGGCCGAUGCCGGGCACUGACUGAGUCCCGUGGACGUGGAUGCCACUGUCGCUGCUGCUGCUGCCGAUCAGGCCGUGGGCUGCUGGAAGAGUGCCGGGAGCAGUGUUACAGUGAGCUGCAUGCGGUCCCCAAGCAGCCCAGUGUGCUCUAUAACAGCCUCGGCCGUGACACCUCCCGCAUGGGGGAGACUCCUUCCUUGCACCAUGGUUUCCACAGACCGGGGAGACGCCGGAGGGAUCAGAGCGGACUGGGCACCCUCCUCCCCCCACCACCCUCAAGCAGCGCACACAGUCUCCACAGCGUACGGAACUGCCAGGAGUCUCCGGUGAAUGAGUCAUGUAGCGGUGGUGAUUGCCGUAUACCCGCGGUAUUAUCACUGUCGACCAUCAUCCAUGCAGUAAACAGACCAAGAACACCUCCAAGUCGGUGAUCCGCUCCACAAAAAGCGAGUUUGUCUACUAUUAAGUAGACCAUCCCUUUUGCUUGUUAUUUACAGGAAAGGACUAAAGAGGGAAAAUGCAAUGAAGGCUUGUGGCACAGCUCUGAAGCAACCAGCUAAAGAAGAUCCAAGCUACUGUGACCAGCACACAACCAAUCCCUGUGGGAGGUGCUUGUCAUAAUCUGCAACCUGGUGAUGAGGUGAUGGUAAGAAAUUUCCUGAGAUCGGGCUCGCUGACAGACCGGUGGGAAGGACCUUACCAAGUCUUGUUGACAACCCCAACUGCUGUUAAGAUAAAGGAGAAGACUUCAUGGAUCCACUCCACCCACUGCAGAAAAGUCACGCCUCCUGAGACAGCACAUGUGGAAGAUAUUCUCCAAGACUCCUCUGCACUUCACCAGUAAAACCAGCAAGUGAGUGGUUCGGGCAUAAUAAUCCCUUGAGCCACUUGCCAACGCAGUAUCUCUGUGGAGGGUACAUAACUCCUAGAAGAGUACUGUGAAGAUAAAGGACAACAAAGACAAUGCUAAACAGGAUGAUGCUGAUAGGCCAAAGGCCAGACCGUGGACUAUGGGGGUGCAUUCUCUCAUGGGCAUGUCUGAUUACAAUCAUACUCAUUGUGCUUGAGUGUUGUAUAUACAUUCCAGGGUCUGUUAACAAUGUGACCAGUCAAACAGGUAAUGUAACAUCUUACAAUGAAGCGUUAUUCAAGACACGUGUGUGUAGGGCCUUACAAAAGAAUAAUUAUGGAGGAGAAUUUACAGGUAAUUCCAUGAUAGCAAUGCACAGUAAAAUUGCAAAGGCUCUCAACACAAGCAAAUGUUGGAUUUGUACCCACCUACCCAUCAGUGUAGAUGCAGGUAUACCCCUCCAGGCUCAUUACAUAAGCACAGCUGACAUGAUAGACAGAGAUUGGUCCUGCCAUAAGCGAAAGAAUGGUAGUCGCAGUUGUGCCAAUAAGACACCUAAAGUACAGAAUAUAGUAGACUUCCCAUAUUUGGAUGUCUUAGAUGCAGGCUUGCUGUAUGCGCCCGCUCUGCAGGUAUCUGCAGCCAAAGGGAAACCUGAAUUCUGCUUAAGUGUUAAUGAAAAGUCCCACCCAUAUGUGUACAAGGAAAAAAUAUUACAGGUAAAAAGCCCAAACCUAGGGUACACUAACUAUACUGGAGCCACAUUUGUGGUAAAGAUGUCCGGUAGAUGCUCCCUCAAGAAUCUCAAAACCUGUUGGCAUUCCAUAGAUGCAAAUGGGGCAUUAACACCUAACGAUACUUUAUACCAACUACAGAGAAAGGUGUACACUUGAUAACAGCACAUGUGGAGAUGCCAAUGGUAAUAACACAGGGUACUUUAUGAUAUACAUAAGGCUCAUUUAUACCAAAACUUUUGGGAUGCCUCUGCCUAAGGGUAUGUAUUGGGUUUGUGGAAAAUGGGCAUACUCAUGGAUUCCCUUAGGUGCUAAAGGACAAUGUGUACUCUCCUCAGUAUUCCUAUAGAGCAUGACUUGGUGCCAAGUGACCUGACAUAUUUAAGACAUCUCAGUAAAAGAGAAGUGAAAAAAGGAUAUGUAUCUUUCAGAUUUUCUGAUGGUGAACGUACGGCUGGAACUUUGUUUCCUCUGUCCACUAUCUAUUUGGUGGAAAAAGCUGUGUCCCAAACCUUAACGGUACUAGAUCAGAUGGUAGGGGAAUUGGUCGUUUCAAUCAAUCAGACAGUGGAAGAGCUGGCUCAAGUAAGAAAAGUGGCUUUACAAAAUAGGAUGGCACUGGAUCAGCUGUUGGCAGCAGAAGGGGGCACGUGUGCAGUGGUAGGACAAGAAUGUUGUACUUAUAUUGAAGAUCACAGAGCUGAAAUAAGUGCUCAUCUGAGCAAGGUGGGAGAGUUGCAGCAGGAAAUGAUAAGGUUAGGUGCUAGUGAAGGUUGGGAUCCACUUGGAUGGCUAGGAGGAAGUAUUGCAAAGCUUUUUUCUGGAGUAUUGCAGUACAUUGUGUUUGCUGCACUGAUUGUAGGAAUCAUAUAUCUUACCAUCAAGUGUGGACCAGUAGUCUGUGUACAAUGUGGUAAAGGAUUUAAAAGGUUGAAAGUGCACCAUGAAAUGACCAUUGUGGUGGUAGAUGAUGAGGUUCCACUAGAACAGGUGACUCAGGGAACAAGUCAGGGGCAGCAGGAAAGACAGGUGGUAUAUGCUGACAUGAGCAAAUCUUAUGAAAGUUUACAACUCCAGGAAGCUGAGCCCAUAUACCAGGCUUUAGAGGAGGAUCAGGCAGGUAGGGAAAGUACACAGCUUGUUAAUUUUACUUAUGGACUGGAUAACAGGGUAGAAAUGAAUCAGGAUGAGUAUGUUAGACAUGAAAUACAAGCGAGUUUCACCUAACUGUGUCAACACCCUCUUAGCCAACACCAGAAGGUUCCUAUAAAAAGAACAGGGAUUCCCGUCCGGUGCGGUGAGCAUUGGCGCCAGGCCCAUCCCCGUGAACCUACCUUUUUCCUAUGUUGUGCGUCUACCUAACCCUCAUUAGAAAUUGUGAAAUUGAACCUUCUGAUUUGUGUAUUAGAGUGUCAAGUAUAUUGGCAGAGAGAGGAAUGAUAUAGAUAAGUGAAUACACAAAAUGGAAGCUGGAUGUCAGUUUGUCUAUUGCUUAAAAGAAACUGUUGCUUUAAAUGUGAUUCUUAUAUGUUUGCAGAAACUUUGAUUUUAGUAGCAAUUAAGGAAGUUAGUCUAGCUUUACAGUAUUUCAUAGACUGUGGUUAGCUAGUAUCCUAUAGAAAAGGGAAGUCGAAAGUAUGUUGAAGGUAAAAGUAUAUUUUUAAUGUAACAGUCAUAAUCACAAGAUGCUGAGCUAAUUAAUUGGAAAUCCCCCAUAAGGGGAGUUUAUAAAUUAUAAUAUAUUCUGAUAUUUGAAAUGUAAUUGGUCUAUGUAUAUGAUUGGCUUGUUAAUUUGAUUAGAUCAUGUAAUGCUAUGAUGAAAGUAUAUAAGAUGAAAUC